AUCUUGAACAUAUUCGUCGACAACUAUAAAUCUAUUAUCAUGACCGAAUCAGUUGUUGCCAGUCCUGCCCCAGUCACCUCUACCACGGCUGCCAAGAAAACUUCAACCAAAAAGAAAGCUGUUGUCAAAAAGGCAGCCGCUGCUCAUCCGUCGACAUCAAUUAUGGUGACGUCCGCUAUUAAAGAGCUGAAGGAGAAAAAAGGCUCGUCGUUACCGGCCAUCAAGAAGUAUUUGGCUGCUAAUUAUAAAGUGGAUCCGGUUAAGGUAGCCCCGUUCAUAAGAAAGUUUUUGAAAGCGGCCGUUGCUAAUGGAUCAAUCAUUCAGACUGCUGGUACUGGCGCUUCCGGUCAUUUCAAGAUUGCAGUUGCCGAACCUAAAUCUAAACCCAAAAAGAAGACUCCCGCCUCUAAAAAGUCAAUUGUGAAAAAACCGAAAGCAGUUCUUACCCCCAAGAAGAAAAAGACUGCAGUUAAAAAGAAUAAAACUGCGGUCACCGAACCGGCUGCGAAGAAACUGAAAAAGACACCUACAAAACCCAAGGCUGCUAAAGCAAAGAAAUCUCCAGUUAAAUCGAAGAAACAAUCUGUUACUAUUACUAAAUCUACUAAAGUGAUCAAAGUGAAAAAAAUUAUCUCUAAGAAGAAGUAAAGUUUUUACUAAUUAUACAUCCUUUCUAAAACGGUCCUUUUCAGGGCCACCAAGUUAU